UUCACAGAAGACGGAGGAAGGACGGUAGACAGCGCCGCCAGAGAACAACGUUUACCAGCGAACAAACACUCCGGCUGGAGAUGGAAUACCACCGGAACGAAUACAUCAGCAGACCCCGCCGUUUCGAACUCGCCGAAAACCUAGACUUGACAGAAACGCAGAUCAAAAUCUGGUUCCAAAACCGCCGAGCCAAAGACAAACGCAUCGAAAAGGCUCAGAUGGACCAACAAUACAGGUGUAUGGCACUAGCCAAUAGCCUAGGACCAUUCUAUCCACCAGGCGGCGGUGCUGUCGGUAAUCUUUCUUGUUCUCCUUUCUGUGGGGCGUGCUACUACAAACCUGGAAGUACUCCUUUGUUGACGUCACAAAAUACGUCAGCACUCCUGGCUCAAAGAUUUUGAACGUUAUUGUUUUUUUAUGAGACUGGCGAAUCAUUGUAAUGAAAAAAAAAGAACGUCCUACACAACAGCAGCCAAUGAGAAAGUGACUUUCACACAAUUCUAAUAAGGGUUGGUGUUUCUCAAGUUCGAAGAAUAUUUAGAUUGGUGUAAAUUUCCCAGUUUUUGUUUAGAAAUCAAGUAAUCUGUAGUUUUUUUUGUUGUGUUCUAUUUUUAUAGUUACUGUGGUACAACAACCGUAACAUGAUUUGUUUUGAGUAAGAAAACCAACAGGAAACAAGUACCGAAAGAUGACAAGAACAUUGGAAUUGCUUCUUAGAAUCAGUACACGAGUUACAGCAGAAGAAAAAAUAAAACAUGUUCACGACAAGGCGAAUGAAAAUGUAAAGUUUGAGAACUUAUGACAGAAAAUUCUAACCAUGUGUUUUACCUUUAAAUUUCUUU